AUGGGAUCCAUCUCUGAGACUCCAGGUUAUGACAGACAAGCGGAGCUGAAGACCUUCGACGAAUCCCAAGCCGGAGUCAAAGGCCUCAUUGACUCAGGGAUCACAGAAAUCCCCAGCAUCUUUCACAUCCCGCCCCACCUCGUCGACGCCAGGCCGGUCGUCGGUCCGUCCGACGGCUUCACCAUCCCGAUCAUAGACCUGGCCGGAGCCUCCGGCGAGAAGAGGAAGCAGAUCGUGGAGGAGAUUAGGGAAGCGUCCGCGAAAUGGGGAUGUUUCCAGGUGGUGAAUCACGGAGCUCCAUUGCGCGUCCUGGAAGGAAUGGACGUCGCGGUUCGUGGAUUCUUCGACCUGGAUCUCGAGGAGAAGAAGGAGUUCUUCGGGCGGGAUACUACCAAGAGGUUCGUCUACAACAGCAAUAUUGAUUUGUACUACUCGCCGUUCGCUACGUGGAGGGAUUCCACUCUGUUUCAUCUGCAGCCGGAUCCGCCCCUGCCCCACGAGUUCCCGCUCUGCUACCGCGGAAUCGCUCUGGAGUACUGCAAGGAAGUCCUGAAAGUCGGAGAUGUAAUUAUUCUGGAGUUGUUAUCGGAGGCACUGGGUUUGAAUCCGAAUCAGCUGAAAGAAAUGGGUUGUGCUAAAGGGAUCUAUGUCGUCAGUCACUAUUAUCCAGCAUGCCCACAGCCAGAACUGACUCAAGGAACGAGCCUGCACCAGGACAACGACUUCAUCACCGUGCUUUAUCAGGAUCACAAUGGCGGCCUCCAGUUUCUGCAUCAGGAUCACUGGGUCGAUGUGCCUCCCGUGCAGGGGCUUUUGUCAUCAACAUUGGAGAUCUGCUCCAGGCAAUUAUACUUCCGAUUUCUUUCUACUUUAAUUCGUUUGUGUUGA